AUGCCUUCUGCAACCUCUUCAAGCUUGGACAUUGUCGUGAUUGGAGCUGGCCUUGGUGGCUUGGCUGCCGCCAUCUCCUGUGCACUCGGCGGCCACAAGGUAACAGUGUUGGAACAAGCAAGGGAAUUGGCAGAGAUCGGAGCAGGCCUACAAAUCACACCAAACGCAUCGAGACUCUUCCAACAAUGGGGUAUUGAUAAGGUUCUCGAACCGUUGGCGGCCGAACCGACCUUCCUCGCUGUGCACAGGUAUUCUGAUGGAAAAGUACUCGCCUUGCAGAAGGAUUUCGACAAGAAGAUACGGGCCAAGUAUGGAGCGCCCUUCUUGGAUCUGCACCGUGUGGAUUUGCAAAAGACACUCGCACAGCGAGCAAAGGAUUUAGGCGUCAAGCUGAGGCUAAACUCCAAAGUCACGAGCGUAGAUUUUGAGAAGUCGACAUUACAACUGGACGAUGGAGCCACAUACGAAGCAGACCUUUUGGUCGGUGCUGAUGGAUUAUGGUCCAAGUGCAGGGCACAUUUUCUGAAGCAGUCCGGAAAGGAGGAUGCUCCGCUUCCGACCGGAGAUUUGGCAUACCGUAUCGUCCUCAACCUAGAAGACCUUCAAGAUCCUGAGCUCCGGCAAUGGGUGUCGAAACCGGCAUGCCACUUUUGGAUUGGGCCUGGAGCUCACGUUGUCGCAUAUUCAGUCCGUGGUGGACACCAGUACAAUAUUGUGCUUCUCGUUCCCGAUAACCUUCCUCCAGAUGUGUCGAGAUCUUCCGGAGACAUCAGUGAGAUGAGGGAGAUCUUCACCAAAUGGGACCCUAUCUUGAAUCGCUUCCUCGACAAUGUCAAGACCGUCGACAAAUGGAAGCUGAUGCAUCGUCCAGAGUUGGAUAGCUGGGUCAGCAAGAAGAGUAAUUUCGUCUUCCUUGGAGACUCCUGCCAUCCCAUGCUACCCUACCUAGCCCAGGGUGCGAACUCGUCACUGGAGGACGGUGCAGUGUUAGGUAACCUGCUCGCUGUAGUCAAGGGCAAAGAGCAGCUGCCCGAGGCAUUGCGCCUCUAUGAGAAUCUGAGAAAGAAGCGUGGUGAGGCCAUUGUUCGCGAAACAUUUGCCCAGAGGAACGACUUCCACAUGAUGGAUGGAGAAGAGCAAGAAGCGCGCGACAAGCUGUUCGCAGGUGAACUUGGCAAGGAUGAGCCUGAGGUCAAGUUUCCGAGUCGUUGGACCUGCCCAGUGGUACAACCAUGGCUCUACGGCUACGAUGCGAAGAAAGAGGUAGAUGACGCCCUGAGAGGGUCAUCACUUGUUCAGUAG